GCAGCGCUCUGAUUGGUCGGUGUUUAUGGCGCCAACGGGAAGACAAAGUGUAAACACAGUUGGGGAUAUUCUGUUUUUUUAGUGGGAAUAAGUCGGUGAAUUGCUUAUUGCUGAUUUAUAAACGUACUAAUGGACACACAGUCGUAUCAUCCCGUCGAAGCCGGAGUGGGGAUGGAGGAGAAUUUCCUGUCUUUAGACGACAUUCUGCUCUCUCACGAAAGACUUCCUAUCCGGACCGAGUGCACCUUCCCCCGGCUUGGAUUCCUGGAGAAGUCGGGCGACACUCAGGACAUCCCGGAGGGUUCAAAGAUGGAGCUUCCUCUGUGGCUGUCUAAGGGUCUGUAUGAGAGGAAGAGGAGGGUCCUGUCUGUGGAGCUGCCCAAGGUUUACAAGGAGGGCUGGAGGACGGUGUUCAACGCCGACCCCAACGUGGUGGACCUGCACAAGAUGGGACCCUACUACUACGGCCUGGGCUCCCAGAUGCUGCACUUUGACAGCCCCGAGAACCCAGAGAUCGCUCAGACCUUGCUGCAGACGUUCGUCGGCCGCUUCAGACGGACCAUGGACUCGUCCCAGAACGCCUACAACGAGGACACGUCGGCGCUGGUGGAGCGUCUGGACUGUCUGGAGAAGGGUCUGUUCAGGUCCGGCCAGAGCGGCCUGAACGGCUUCCAGGGCUGGGAGAAGGGUCGGGCCUCGCAGCUCACCGCCUCCAACCUGGUCCUCAACUACCGCAAGAGGAAGAUCACCGACAUCCAGACCUGAAGCCGCCGCCGCCUCAAACAGACUCUCAUCAACCUCUUCCUAUUUAUUUUGUUCGGUUUUUCUCAGUGGAGAUUUAACAGUUUGUCUUUUCAGUUUUAUUAAUCAGUCUUUGUGGGUUUUAUACACAAUAUAAAAAUAAAAAUAUAUAUAAUAAUAA